GGAAGUGCUCUCAGAUAGUGAAACAUACAGAGGUGACCUCAGUCACGGCAAGCUGUUCUCGUCCACUGCUCCAGGAAUGGCCACCUCCGCACUGCUGCUGGUGCUGUGCUUCCAUGGGGCAUUAUCACUGAAAAUAUGCUCGUUCAACAUACAGACCUUCGGCGCGAACAAGAUUGCAAAGCCAGAGGUCCUGGAUGUGAUACUCAGGUGCAUUGCACGCUGUGACAUCACACUGGUGAUGGAAAUUAAAGAUUCCAAAGAACGUGCCUUCCCAAAGCUGGUGACACACCUGAACAGGAUGUCCAGUCGCAAGACCGAGGAGUACAGCUAUGUCAUCAGUGAGAGGCUGGGGAAAAAUUCAUAUAAAGAGCAAUAUGGCUUUAUCUACAGGCACAGACUGGUGUCUGUGAAGGCCACGUAUCAGUACCCAGACAUGCAAAGCGGAGAUGAAGACGUGUUCUCCCGUGAGCCUUUCGUGGUUUGGUUUCAGUCUCACCAAGCAGCCAUUAAGGACUUUGUAAUAAUUCCCAUACACACCACCCCAGACACAGCAGUGCGGGAGAUUGACGAGCUCUACGAUGUUUACCAGGACGUUAAACAGCAAUGGACCACUGCAGCGAGCUUCGUCAUUAUGGGCGACUUCAACGCAGCGUGCGGUUACGUCCCGAAGAAGAGCUGGGGCGACAUCCGCCUGAGGUCAGACAGCAGCUUCCGGUGGCUGAUCGGCGACCGCAUAGACACCACGGUCAAGCAGACGACCGACUGCGCCUACGACAGGAUUGUUCUGCGUGGCGAGAGUUUGAUCCAGGCAGUCUCCCCAGGGUCAGUGGAGGUGUUCGACUUCAAAGCAGCAUAUGGACUCACAGAGACCCAGGCCCUGGCGGUGAGCGAUCAUUUCCCAGUGGCCUUCUCUGUCCCCCCGCAGCGGGGAAAAAGCGGGAGGAGAUAUUGAGGAAUACCUGCGGUUGCCCAGGCAACACCCGUCUGCCUGGAAGCCGCAUGGCCAUAGCGCGCGCUUCAAGCGGGUCUUUUCCACUGAGCGGCCAACAUUAACGUCAGGAUUUUGCUUAAGCAGCUUUGAGUAAUCGCUCGGAAUUUGAUCUUAUUAGGUGGGCGCAAGAUCGCCGCUCAGCCAUUUAAAGCGUGCUGUGAUAUGAGACGUGUGCUCACAGUUUGAGGUGUGAAUCUACAGCGCUGAAAAACGGCAGCGCGCCCCAGGGCAGCGCAGACGGAGGUGGUUGGGAUGACUGACUCUCCCUGCUCGUUAAUUAUGAACUGCGGAUUCAAGGUGUGGAUUUCACCGUUGCUACGAGACCAGUGUCCUUUCUUUGCAGCUAGUUUUUUUUUUUUUUUUUUUUUUUACCACAUUCUUUCUUCUUUACCACCAUGAAAGUAAUUCUACCGAAAGCAAAUUACAUUGAUAGCAUCGAGUAAAAACUGUAAUUACGAUGUUUAUAUUUUAAAGGUUAUUGGGUAGCUAACAGUUUUUUUCUAUUUACGUUGCUGCUAACCAUUUACAAAUUUGAGAGGCUGCAUGCAACUCCCUCGACAUCAGGAUACUUUCAGAGUUGAAUGGAUAAAUAAACAGCUUACAUGAA